CAACACUCUAAGCUUCCAGUCGCAGUCAUGGUGGGCAACAAGGAAGUUCCCAAGCCAAAGCCAAAGCCCCGAGCUCCCCCGCGCGGGGCGAAAGCCGCUCCCAUCGCCGUGCAGAUGGCGGGUAACGGGGAGAGUGUGGAGAAGAGUGUACCGGCGGAGGGAAGUGGGAGUACGGAGAAGAACGGCGAUGCGCAGGCCUCGACGUCUGCACCAACAGACCACAACCCACAAGCCUCGACAUCCGCAGAGCAAACUCGAAAACGCCGCGCGCCUCUCACUCACGCCAAAGACGAAUUCGCCGCCCUACUCGAGCCGUUCUACUACGGCAAAGGCCUCUCCGACCCCAUCAACACUGCGCGCGACAAGUGGAACCUACUCCCUGCCUUCCUCAAGGUCAAAGGUCUGGUCAAGCAGCAUGUCGACUCGUAUAAUCACUUCGUCGACGUCGAGCUGAGGAAGAUUAUCAAGGCGAAUCGCUUUGUGAGGAGCGACUUUGACCCCAAGUUCCUGCUCGAGUACACCGAUAUCCGCGUCCUGUCGCCCAAUCGCCAGGAAGAAGACGACCUCGAUCACCACAAGAGUACCAUCACGCCGAAUGAGUGCCGGCUCCGAGACAUGACGUAUGCGGCGCCGAUUGUUGUCGAUAUCGUGUACACGAGGGGGAAUGCGAAAGUCAAAAGGACGGGGAUUAAGAUUGGGAGGAUGCCCAUUAUGCUCAAGAGUAAUAAGUGUGUGCUCGCGGCGAAGAACGAUCGCGAGAUGGCCGUCAUGGAGGAGUGUCCGCUGGAUCCGGGAGGCUACUUCAUCACCAGGGGGCAAGAGAAGGUUAUCCUGGUGCAGGAGCAGUUGAACAAGAAUCGAGUCAUUGUGGAGAGCGCAAAGGGGAUUAUGCAGGCCAGCGUCACAAGUUCGACGCAUGAGAGACGGACGAAGACAUAUGUUAUUCAGAAGAAGGGACUCAUGUUUCUCAGGCACAACACCCUCUCUGAAGAAGUGCCGAUUGUGUUCGUCCUGAAGGCUCUGGGAGUGCAUUCGGACAAGGAGAUCCUGCUUAUGGUUGCUGGCGAUGACAGCGCAUACCAGGAUAACUUCGCCAUCAACUUCGAGGCGUGUGCAAGAGAAGGAGUUCACACGCAGGAGAAGGCGCUUGAAUAUAUUGGACACCGCGUACGAUUGACGAAGAAACCGCUUGGGACCUCGCGCAUGCGCAACUACCACCUCGAGGCCAUCGAGUGCUUGUCCAACGUCGUUCUGCCACACGUACCCGUUGACGGCACAGAUUAUCGACCAAAGGCACUUUACGUUGCUCUCAUGGCGCGCAGAGUCGUUAUGGCCAUGCAAAACCCGAAGCUGGUCGAUGACCGUGACUACGUUGGUAACAAGCGUCUCGAGUUGUCGGGUCAGAUGUUGUCGCUGCUGUUCGAGGACCACUUCAAGCGAUUCAACCACGACUUCAAACUGAGCAUCGACAAAGUGCUCAAGAAGCAGAACCGGGCUCAGGAGUUUGACGCGUUUUCGCAUUUCAGCGUGCACAAAAACCACAUCACGAUGGGCAUUGAACGUGCCAUCGCUACGGGAAAUUGGAGUCUGAAGCGCUUCAAGAUGGACAGAGCUGGUGUUACACACGUCUUGAGUAGACUUAGUUACAUUGCUGCGUUGGGUAUGAUGACUAGGAUAUCUUCUCAGUUUGAGAAGACGAGAAAGGUGUCGGGCCCUCGUGCGCUGCAGCCGUCGCAGUUUGGUAUGCUUUGCACGUCUGAUACGCCGGAAGGUGAGGCGUGUGGGCUGGUCAAGAACUUGGCUUUGAUGACGCAUAUCACAACCGAGGAUGAUGAGGAUCCGGUGCGCAAGAUUGUCUUUAUGCUCGGUGCUGAAGAUAUCUGUUCGCAGACCGGAGAGGAGAUACAUGCUGAGGGUGUGUACAGUGUGUGUUUGAACGGUACACCGAUUGCUGUCACAGAUACACCAAAACUAUUCUUGAACAGCUUCCGGAAGCUGCGACGGAUGGGGCGAGUCUCCGAGUUUACUAGCAUUCACAUCAACCACGACUUCUGCGAGGUGCAUCUUGCUACGGACGAAGGUCGCAUUUGUCGGCCUAUGAUUAUCGUGGAGAACCAGCGCUCAAAGGUCACUGGAAGAUAUCUCAAGGCUUUGAGGAAGGGGACGUUGGAGUUUGAAGAUUUCCUGACUAGGGGUCUCGUGGAGUAUCUCGAUACCAACGAGGAGAACGACACGAAUAUUGCUUUGAAAGAGGCGGAUAUCAACCAGCAUACGACGCAUCUCGAAAUCGAACCCUUCACUAUUCUCGGCGCUGUUGCUGGUCUUAUUCCCUACCCACACCACAAUCAAUCGCCCCGUAACACCUACCAAUGUGCUAUGGGUAAGCAAGCUAUUGGCGCUAUCGCAUACAACCAGUUCAAUAGGAUAGACACGAUUCUGUAUCUGAUGGUCUACCCCCAACAACCCAUGGUCAAAACCCGCACUAUCGAGCUCACGAAAUACGACAAGCUCCCUGCAGGUCAGAAUGCUACUGUGGCUGUUAUGUCUUACUCGGGGUACGAUAUCGAAGAUGCGCUCAUUCUCAACAAAGCGUCCUGCGAUCGUGGCUUUGGUCGCUGCCAAGUAAUGAAGAAGGUCGUCAUGCCCCUCAAGACAUACGCGAACGGAACAUCAGACCGCAUCAACGCUGGCGCUCUGAAUCCGGAACUACCCAUGCACCAAGCCAUCGGCCUCGACGGCAUCGCCCAGGUAGGCGCACGACUCGAAAUGAACGACGCCUACCUACUCAAGAGCAUGCCCCAAGACACAGCCGGCCCAGCAUCCAACAUCUACAAAGACAAGCCCGAGAAGUACAAGCUCCCGGACUGCGGCUACGUAGACAAAGUCUGCAUCACCGAAAACGAAGCCGGCACAACCCUCAUCAAGCUCCUAACCCGGCAAACGCGCCGCCCAGAACUCGGCGACAAAUUCAGCUCCCGCCACGGCCAAAAAGGCACAACAGGCCUCAUCGUAAACCAAGAAGACAUGCCCUUCAACGACCGCGGCAUCGUCCCAGACAUCAUCAUGAACCCGCACGGCUUCCCCUCACGCAUGACAGUCGGCAAGAUGAUGGAGCUCCUCAGCGGCAAAGCCGGGGUUCUGAACGGCACCCUCGAAUACGGCACUGCCUUCGGCGGCUCACGGGUAGAAGAUAUGGCCGAUAUCCUCGUCGGAAAGGGCUUCUCCUACACGGGGAAGGAUUACCUCACCUCUGGUAUUACGGGCGAGGCGCACCAGUUCUACACUUUCUUCGGCCCGAUUUAUUAUCAGAAAUUAAAGCAUAUGGUGCAGGAUAAAAUGCAUAGUCGUGCGCGCGGGCCGAGGGCGAUUCUUACGCGCCAGCCAACCGAGGGGCGCGCAAGGAUGGGCGGGUUGAGGCUCGGGGAGAUGGAACGCGAUUGCUUGAUUGCGUAUGGGGCUAGUCAGUUGCUGCUUGAGCGGUUGAUGAUUAGUUCGGAUGCGCAUGAUGUGGAUGUUUGUGAGAAGUGUGGCCAAAUGGGAUAUAGCGGGUACUGCAAGUUGUGCGAGUCGGAGAAGGCGGUGCGCAGGAUUACUAUGCCGUAUGCGGCGAAAUUGCUUAUUCAGGAGCUGGGGAGUAUGAAUGUUAAGGUUACGAUUGGGUUGCAGGAUGAGUUUCCUAGGGAUACUUAGGGAGGUGUGAGGGGUGAGGGAUGGGAUGGAAAAGUAGGGUGGUCACUGUGGUCGGAUUCGGGUUGGGAUUUUGUGCAUAGCGAGGCGUUUAUAGGGGGGUUGGGUUGGGGAAGUGUAUAUGAUAGUAUAUGAUGGGAUGGGAAAUGAAUGUG